GCGUAAACACCGGCAGUGUGAUGCCAGAAGAGGCGUCAGUUGUACUUGUGUGUGAGUGAGUGUUUGUUGUCGGCUCUGUUUUUCGGUCGGUGGUUGGAAAUAGAGAGAGACAGUGACACGGAGGAGCAGCGGAGCCUCAGGCCGGGAGAUGGACAACAGUAAACGGACGGUGGUGGUCACAGGUUUCGGGCCUUUUGGAGAGCACACGGUCAACGCCAGCUGGGUCGCAGUGCAGGAACUGAAGAAGCUGGGACUGGGCAGCGAGGUGGACCUGCAGGUGUACGAGGUUCCUGUAGAGUACCAAACCGUCCAGAGUUUGGUUCCUUCAUUAUGGAAGCAGUAUCAUCCGCUGUUGGUUGUUCAUGUUGGAGUCUCCGGAAUGGCCACCACUGUCACCCUGGAGAAGUGUGGCCGAAAUAGUGGCUAUAAGGGUCUGGACAACAGCAGCUUCUGUCCUGACUCACAGUGCUGCAUUGUGGGAGGCCCAGACUGCAUCGACUCAGUUAUUGACAUGGAAUCAGUCUGUAAGAGAGUGACCGCCUCGGGGCUCGGAGUAGCUGUGACUGUCUCCAAAGACGCUGGGAGAUAUCUCUGUGACUUCACCUACUACACGUCUUUGUACCUGAGUCACGGCCGCUCUGCUUUCAUCCACGUGCCUCCUCUUGGAAAGCCUUACAGUGGUGAAGACCUGGGUCGUGCACUGAAGGCCAUCGUCCAGGAGAUUCUGGAGCUUCGUGACCACGCUGGGGAGAAGCUCCACUGCCAGCAUCACUUCCACUAAGUGACCUCCGGAUGCCAACCAUCCUCUCUCCAGCAAUCGCCACACAAGAGACAUUGCACUUAACCACAAGUAGCCAAACGUCCUCCUUUUUAAAUUCUUUGUCUUUAUUUGGACAAAAUGAAAAAGUCAGCAUAUAGAACGUUUUCAGUCUUUACUUCUCUUUGUUUUAGGUUUUUGCUUCUUUUUUUUUUUUGCUAAGCCUGAUUAUUUGUUACGUUCAAAUGUCUCCUGAUGGCGAGAAGAUAGAAUGGGAGUUUGAAGACAACCCUUAGUCACACUGAAACAUAAGCCUUUCUGCCACUUCCAAGGAAUAUGAAACAUUUUGACUUUGAACAUGGGAAUUAGUGUAGGCCCACGAUGAAAACCCAGCAGCUAAGUGCUGCUUCUAUUUGUUCACAUGCAGUUCAAGUAGUUCCAGUUGGUUUGUAAUGUGGCAAAUAUUGCAACCUUUACCCCAAAAGUGACUACUAUUAACCUUAUAGGGUUAGGGUUAUUGAAUUGGUUAUAGAAGUCACAUUUGGGGUAACUGCUAUAUCUGCUUUAUACAAUUAGAUUUUCUUCAUCCUUAGAUUUUGAGUUUCCAUCUUUUACAACAUGUUUCAGUCGACAGAUCUUUACACCUGGAUGUCUCUAAAUGGUAAAUGACCAUGAUAAAUUAUGCAGAGAUGUUCAGCAUUAAGCUGUAAUUCUAAUUUCAGUUCCCUUCAGAUACUUUUCCAGCUGCUCUAUAUCCUAACUGUGCCAUUCACAUUUUAUGUUGAGUUGUUUCUUGAGUGCUUUUUCUUUAUAAGAAGUCGUAAAUUUGCCUUCUUUUACAAAGGUUAUUUUAAUCAGGGAACGGGUUGGUUCCAGCUCAUCUUCCCCCAGGUUUAUGGCCCAAUUCUGACCGGAAAAUACUAAACAGAUUCUCCUGGGAUCUGGCCCCAGGCCGUGCAAUGUUAUUUUACAGAUCUCAGGUCUGUCAGUUUAGGAGAUUCAUGUUGUGGUUUUGCCAAAAUUCUGUUAGAGUUGCAAAAUUAUCUGAGAAAAUAUUGACCAUUGCAGUUAUUACGAUAACUUCCAUUUAACAGAAUAAUUCUUCUGAGUGAGGUGUGGGUUCAAAUGUUACAAACACGCACACACAUUGGAUUGUGGCAAGGAACUGACAUCACAACACUGGAUUUCUGGGUAGUAAAAUCUUUGUCUCUUGAUUUAGGGUAUCUGUGUCCCAUCAGAGCCAAUUUAUUUCAGAUCUUACACUAUGUUUAAAACCAGUGAUUUGUCUUUUCAUCGUUUUUCAAUAAUCGUGCAAACCACAUGGGUAUAAGCUAGUGAAAGCUUUCAGUUGCUCCCUGCAUUGAAUCACAUGUAGCUGAAGAUUUGAUUCGAUGUGGAGUUUGACUCUCACUUCAGUCAGAAUUGGGCCUGGACAUUUAUUUCUGUAGCACUUUCCUUUAUCCACUUUUUACUUAUUCUGGAGUUUGAACAGCAUUUUUCAAAGAAUUUGUAUGUUUUAUUUUAUUUUCAGUCACUUUAAUUCGAAAUAUGUAGCUUUCCAGAUAUUCACGCACACCCAACCCAUGUUUAAUCUCCCCUCCCAUUGAUUGUGUGGUAUGCUUUAUAGUUGACUUAUGCUUUACUUUCCUGAGCUUUGGUUUGUUCAACCUGCAGCAAAUUCUUUCAUCGUGUCUGUGAUGGUGACACACUCCAGGUGUCAAGUUUCUCUUUUUAAUAUUUGUCUGGUUCACUGUGUUCACGAGCAUUUUCCUGACGGCUGAGCGGUCGCUGAGUAAGUCCCACAACACCAAACACAGCGUCCGUUUUAUAUGUUUCAGUAGUAAAGGUAGCAUUGAGCGUUGUAUAUGCUGCUUCACCCCCCAGUGUAUCACCAACACUAUCUCCCUGUUUAAUACAAAGAUGUAGUGUGUAUAUAUAUAAAUAUAUAUAAACUGCCAUACCUAGUUUUGAGAAACUAGCAUCAUCAAACAUUGAACUAAACAGGAUUGAACCUCAUCUCAGACUUUGAGUUCUCAUCUCAGCCUUUGGCAUUUACCUCCUGUCUCGUUGAUGUGGUUUAAAGCUCCUGGAAAUUUUGCAAAUUUUUUUAAUGAGUUUGCCGGUGCUAGUAUUUUACUGUGUGGCUUUACAAGUGCUGAGGUGUGAGAGAGUUGUGGAGGAGCUCCCCCUAAAAUAUGUGUCCGCUCUCAAAUGUGAAAGCCCCGAGUUUACGUACGAGGUGACAUCUGACCCUGACUCUUUUCCUGUGCCUUGCUGUUGUUUAUGUGUGUUAUGAGGCCUUAAAAAUGCUCAGCGGGUCAGUUCAAAGAUAUAUUACUGAUUCUGUCCAGUCAGAUGUGUGGCUACCUCAAGAAUACUUUUUAUCUCUGUGCGUGCUCUGUUGUAUAACAUAACGGCUCUGUGAAAUAUUGUGAGUUCCUGUGUUUAGGGAGUUUCCUCUGCCUCUGACAUUAACAUAGCACAAUAAGUCAUCCUGGCUUUGUAAAAGAAAAAGCUUGGAGGUGAAGAAUUAAAGGAUCAUAAAUAA